AUGGGACGAAGCCGAAGCUCAAGACGCGCUAUGCCCCCACCUUCAGCAUCAAGGACUCGCAACAUGCUCAAGAGGGUGAAGAAUUUUAGGAAGCCAACAAAUUGUCAUCGAGCACUAGUGGCCAUUCGUAGCCUAGCUAAUCUGGAUGGCGCGUCAUUUUAUAUCCAUGAGGAUGACAUGAAGGCCAAAGUGAAUAGUCACGCAACACGGUGUAACGAGGUGUUGGGUAAACAGACAAACCGUCUCCUCGACCAUGCCCUAUUGAAAUGCCGUAAACUCGGUUUGAUCAAAUAUGAGCCCGGUGGCGACUGUUUCAAGUUGACUGCAUUGGGGAAGGAACUCCUUCGGCAAGUGAAUGAAGCUGUCAGGGACCUUGAAUUUGCCACCGACAAAGACAUUCAUCAUGCAACGUGCGAAGCUGUCUGUCGUUUGCUUCCCGAUGGAUGUCUUCCUACCGUGAAAGAGAUUGAUGUCGAAAAUCGUGGACUUUUACAAGAAAACGAUGAAUACAGAGCUCGUUAUGGUGAAUUGAGUUCUGAAGGCGUUCCCGUCGAUUCCGACGUCUCGAGAGAGGCCGAUGAGGGCGUUCUUCCUGACAAUACGCCUUCAACACCAGUUAGACCUCGACCCUCGCAGAAUCUUCUGACAGGCUAUCCAACACCCGAGUCUAUUCCCCGGCCCAAUCUUUCCAUGCGCUACGCUGUGACGCCUGCACCCACAUCGACUGCAAUACAGAAUGUCGAUGAUACGAUGAUUGUCGAUGAACCUCAAGGCCCUGCGAAUGGUGAACUUGAUUGGGAUGAAAGGACCGACGAUUUGACUCUCAGGAACCGUGAGCUUGAAAAAGAUCGUUCGUCCCUCGCAGCCGAGUUCUCUUGUGUUGUUAGGAAGUACCGAAUGAAGGAGAAGGGGAUUCAAGCCCUUUUGGAAGAAAAGGACAAAGAGGCAUUGAAGGUUACCAUUGGGGCGGAGCAGAGGAAAUUCAAAUUGUUCAACUUUUUCCACCGCCACCUUAGAGGGGUCACCAACAGGUUGCAAAGCCAAGUCGACGACAAAACCGCCAUUAUUCGCAAAUUGGAGCAGGACUUCAAGGCCGCAACUGACAGCAUCCUCGCUCUCAACGACGCUCACCAAGAUCUCUUGCUCUUGUAA